CUCUCUCAAUUUAUAAAUCGCAAUUUUGAUUUGCAAAUGUUUUUGGAACUUGUUUCUGCAAACAAAAAGGUAACUGCAACUGUUUGUCUUGAACUGAUGGUGCUUUAUUUCUAACAAUUCAAACUUUUCUCAGAACUGCAAGUUUAUAACCUCAAAAUUGAGGUUUUAUAUAUCGCCGUUCCAACCGACUUCCUCUGAAUUUUUGAGUUCACGUUGCGAGGGGGAAAAAAUGGAAUUGUAAGAUGUAAACUUUCAAUUAUGAGGUUAUAAACUUGUAGUUCUGAGAAACGUUAGUAUUUUAUUUUAAUAAAGCGCCAUCAAUUUAAUACAAACCGUUGCAUUUACCUUUUAUUUUGUUUGCAGAAACGAGAUCGCAAAACGUACCAAAAGCAAAUAAAAAGAAAAGGAAAAGGGUUAACUUUUUACUGUAUUUCAUUAUUGUUUAUGCACUGUCUGAAAUGCGCGUGGUUUAUCUUAAUCGGCGCUUUCUGAUUGGUCGAUGUCGGGAUUCCAUCGCUGACAGGUAAAACAUUAAGUUCGGCGGAGUUUAGGACCCUGCGUCGCUGCAACGGGUCGCCUGCAGUCACUGCGCCAGGAAUCAAACACUCCAAAAUAAUCUAUCGCUGCAAAUCCAUUGACUGCAAGAAGAGCAGCAGACAAACCCACCGUCUAGUUUCCCUCGCAGUCACCCCACGCUUUGUUUCAGUUCCGAUGAUUAAUUCGUGUUCGUGCGUCUUGUCUAGCGCACGCUGAGGUCAGUAAGUCCCAUAUGAUGCACAUGCGAACAAUCUGAAACACGAUUAUUUCUCACCGCGAUCAUUUAAAGCUGCAGAGAUGUCAGUCGCGUCUGUCCAGUGCCUGAUGUUUGGUUCAGUUCUCCUGGUUCUGGUGUGUGCCAAGGUUCUGAGCGCUGGUCCAGGUCUGGAUGUUCACGUAAGCUUUAAGGAACACGAUGAGGUCUCGAGGGAUCGCAAGCCUGGCUUCAUAGAGAGUUCACAGGAGAGCUCUGGGUUCUUCAGCGAAGACAGCGAGGAUGGCAAGAACGCUCAAAUCGAGACCAAAGACAGUGGUGUUGACCUAAGUGCCAUUAAUGAUUACAACCCUUCGUCCCCAGAACCACCAUCUUCACCACUUUCUCUGAGCCAAAAGCCCAUUGUGACGAACCUCUCUUCCUCAUUGUUUGUCCCUACGACUGAGUCUGUGGACCUGGAGCGGUGGGAGCGUGAUUCAGAAUCGAGUGGCUUCUCACCCCACACCUCCCCGGGUCCGUCAAUCACCAGUGCUGAAGGCCACGCCCACACCACUGCCACGCCCCCUCUCCUUAGAGUCACACGUCAGAACCAGACAGAGGCCACAGCUGAGCCUGACAGGAGUCAGACGUCCGAUGACCUGUUUGAUGACGAGAGGAGCCAUGAGGUAACACAAGCACCCACAUCUCCUGAAAUUGGCCCCCUUCCCAGCCGGGAGCCCCUGCAGCCUGACAAACCACACCAGGAUGAUUCUGAGGAAGAGGAGGAUGAAGAAGAGUUGGUAGUUUUCCCCACCGCACUGGAUGAGGAGGAAGAGAAUGAAUGGCGGUACCUCACGCCGCUAACAACCGCACCCUCAUCCUCCCCAACUUCAGACCUGCCACCCGUGGUCUUCACCAAAACCGCCUGGCAGGGGGCGCUGCUCACCACAAUGGCGGAUGAGGAGGGGGCGGAGCUUCGUCACGGCGGCACCGAAUAUCUCGUCGAAAAGGAGCUUCACGAUUCCGAGCUAUCCCAGGAGGCCGAGCAGGUGAUUUGCGUCGACUGGAGCAACCUCGCAGGAAAGGGCUACAUUAUACUCAACAUGACAGACAACUUUGACUGUGAUGAGUUUCGUAUGGAGAGCGGCGACAGACUCCUGGAGAUGCUGGAAAACACUUUCUCCAGAAAGAUGAACAUCCCACAAGGCUCCUGGCUUAUUUUCCUCAGCAAACCCACACAACAGGACCACCAGCUCCUGAUGGCUUUAGCCAGCGAGCAGGAAAUCAUCCCUCCAAAAGAUGUUGUGUCAAUGCUGGGGGAAAUCAGAAGAGGUCUAUAUGAGAUCGGAAUUCAGAAUUAUUCGACCGUGAGCACGUGCCACUCGAGGCCCAGUCAGUCACGUGGCCACUUCGGAAAUCUGUUUGUGGUUCUAGUAAUCAUCGGAUCGGUUUGUGUGCUCAUUAUUGCUUCUGGAAUCAUCUAUAUCUGCUGGCAGCGACGUUUACCCAAACUCAAAAACAUGUCGAGAGGCGAGGAACUUAACUUUGUGGAGAACGGUUGCCAUGACAACCCCACACUGGACGUUACCAGCGACAGCCAAUCAGAGACGCAGGAGAAGAAGCACAGCGCCAAUGGGGUGGCGGCGGGCGGAGACGCGGGAAGCGGAUGGCGGGUGCUCGUCAAUAAACCCGGGAAAGACGAGGAAGACGAUCAGGAGGAAGACACGCAUCUUUAAUCGCGGGAAUACUGUCAGAGAAAACGGCGCGGGAAAGCAUCACAUUACAGACUGUGAAGGCACAAAACAUUUUUAAGCUUUUUCAAAACAUCUGCUCUAUAAAAUGUGAUGUAUUUUAGCUUCUUUGACGUUUUUCUUUAUCUGUAUUAAUAAAUUCAGACGGACUAAAAAGUGCAUUAAAAUGCGACUUGUAUGAUAUGAGACCAGUGCAGAAUUUAUUUAAAUCGAAUGUGUCGAACAAUCAGUGAGGCAAUUUAAAAUUAAUUAUAAUUUUCUUAUGCAAUCGUUUCUUGCACUGUUGAAGCAAUAGUUUAAUCCUAAACAUGUCGUUUAACUCGCUCUCAUCAUUCCAAAUUUAUACUAAAAUUUUGACAUUUUUUUGUUUUACUUUUUUGAGAAUUUUGAAGGAUCUUCAUAACAUUUUGUUUCCAUACAAAACGGUCCAUAGUGACCACUAUUAAAAAUAAUAAUAAUAAUAAUAGUGGAUUAUUUUAUUUUUAUUAUUUUUUACCAAUGGUAGCAAACCUAACGCCAUAUUAAAAAUCUGCAUAAAGCAAUAUUAAAUGUGUUCUGAGUUUGCACACCACAGAAAGAUUAUUAACCACCAGCCAAAUUUGAAUGUGAACAAAAAGGUACAUAAAGGUAAUCCAAAUCUUGAAAAAAUAAGCCUUUACACAGACUUUAAAAUGCGUUUUAUGAAAUUGUCCAUAAAGAUUUUCAAAUCUUUUUUCAUGGAAAAGUGGCAUACACGUUUAAAACAGCUUUAAGGCAGUUAAAUUAUUAUUAUUAUUAUUAUUUUCUUUUGGGUGAAUUGCGGAAAAAAAACACUAGUGUACUUGAAGACAGGUUGAACCAAGGUUAUUUUCUAGAUGUACAGUAGACAGUGUAUCUCUAAUACACUAUAAUCAGUCAUUCUCGUUUUAUAUGUAUUUCAAUGCAAGUAUUUACAGUUAAGCAGGCUGCAUAUUGUGUUUUCAUGCUGGAUGCUGGAUGGUCGCCUAGCCUUGCUUAUUUAUUUGGCUGCUCUGCACUAGAUUAAUGUUGCUAUUUAUUUAUUAUAUUUUUUAUAUUGCACCUUUAACAUUGCUCAGCACCAACAGCCUCCAAAGCAGAACAAGAUUCUUCGUACAAAAGAAUCUUUCAUAUUGAAAAGUGUUGAAUUGUGCUAGGUAACGUUUUCUUUUAUAUUUUUCAGUGUUCAUUGAAAUCGUUCAAUUUUUUAAACGUAAACAGUUAUCACAAUAAAAAAAAAAUAGUUAUCAUUGUGAUGAUCUUGUUCAUGGUACACCUAUGUGUCAAAGAACAAUCUUAUUUGUUGCAACAGAAAGGCUUUUCUUUAUUCAUUUUAAGUGCAUGAAGAAAUGUAUUGUCUAUGCACACGUCAGGGGUCAACUGAUUGUACACAAUUUAGCAAACGUGAACCGUUGAUGUUUUACGGAUUUAAAUGGUUAGUACUCCAGAAAGUUUUAUACAUGCAUUCUGUUUGUUUAUUAAGCCUUGACGACGUAGGAGAGUUUGACGCCAGUGUUGAACGCUUGUUUUGUAUCUUUCUGUCCUGGUACAAGAGCUAUUAGCAAAUUUGCACUUUUUCCAUUUUGAUUUUGUACUUCAAACUGCUUUAUGUAUCUGAUUGUAAGGAGGUUUAGAUCUCGUCAUUUUCUGGUAAUUAUAUGUUAUCCCACCUCUUAAAAAUGCAAAAAAAAAAAAAAAAAAUUAAAAAUAAAAUAAAUGUUUUGAGAACUCUUGUCCGGUGCUUCUUAAAUGCACCA